AUGGUUCAACAUACGUCACCGAGCUCAGCUUAUGUAAUCACGCGCGCGAGCGUGCGUGCGUGCGUCGCCGCGCCUUCGCGACUGGCGCACUUGCACACGAUCGAUGCUGCGCGCACAGCACGCGCCAGAAUGGCGACGCUGCGAGCUGUACCAGCAAGGCGAAGUCGAGGCCAAGGACAGCACCAGACUUAUGGACUUUUACUCUCCCCUCUUACCACGAGUUCUCUCUUCUUGCAGGAAAUCGAGGCCUUUGUGCAAACGGCCAAUGAGCUUGGUCGCGAAAUUCAAAAAUUCGUGUGUGCCAUAUCUCAAUUUGAAGCCAUCGGCUGCAUCAGAUCGGAGGACGGCAGCUACGAGUUCAAUCAAAGUCGGGCGGAUGCUCUGCGUUAUCAGAGACGCUCACUUCUCCGGCGUCUAUCGGCGUGUGAGUCUCAGGGAGUGAAUUUGAGGAAACGACUCAGGGCGGCGGACGACAAUCCCCACAGCUCAGAUGAGGAUGCGAAUGAACGUGAAGUUGUGAGCUCGUUGGAUUUACCAGUAGAUAGGUCGACGCAGAUAAUCGUUGUUGAACGAUACAUUAUCCAACUGACGGAGACCCGAUCUAAAUUAAGAACAUUUUGGAGUAGAUAUCUUCGUGGACUAAGAAAUUUGAAAACGCUGGAGGAAUUCGAGAGCCGCUACAAAAAGCUCCAUCCACUUCUGGGAAUUUGGGAGUCCUUAAUUGAGUCGGUCUCCGAUUACCUUCCCGGUCAUUCAGGUGCUCCACUCUUCCUUCCCGCCUCCUCGUUCAGCGACUCCUCCCUUCGUGGUCUCUCCGACGGUUCUGAGGAGACUGAUUCGGCCGUAGUUAUGACUGGUGAGGAGGAGAUGCCAGGCUUCCUGUCAAAUCUCUACUCAAAUCCCUCCGUCGUCACUGAAGAUCCCAUGGAGGGCCUCCUUGCAACACAGGCUCGUGUUAAGGAAGCUCAGGCAUCUGGAGUUGCUUUGUUGGAGGAAAUUCUCGACCUCACAGCACUGGGAGAAACAAUUAAACGUGGAACUACUCUGCUCUCUGGAGGAAGGGCUGAAGGUGAUGAAAAGGCUAAAAGAUUGAGCACCGCAAGCUCCAGCAGUCUUUUUGCUCGUCUCACACUCGAUGGCCAGCCUGCUGACCCGUUGCUGGACGCGGAAGGGGAUGAAGGUUCCGACGACGGCGAAUUCGUUGAGUUAGAGGAAGAUCUGGUCAUUGAUUUUGACGAGGCCUCCGUUGACCUGGCAACCGAAGCUUCCCCCUCACAUUCAUGUUCCGCAUCCUCAGCGAAGGAGGAACACGAGUUUCUUCCCCUAAUUUUCCUCCUCCCCAAGUAUGCAGAUGUUCGCGUUGAAAGCCUUCAUCGACUGGAAGUUUUGGCUCGCACAACCCUUGACAAGGCGGUCAGCCAACUGGAUCGACUGGUCCAGCUCUACACUGAGAUCAAUGAGGCCCGCCAGUGGAUAUCACGGGGCAAUGGCCUUCUCAGUGCGCUGACAGCGGAACACGUGGCAUGUAUGGAUCCAGUAGCCUGCGAGACAAAAAUUAACGAACUAACUGCAUUUUGUGACACGCGGGAACAAAACCUCGUCCUCAAGGGCAAUCCAGGCCAAUUUCGGAAGCAGUUCUCCGAUCUACUCAAUGCCGAAAUGAAAGUUGAGUUAAGUCAAAUGCUUCGAUUGGUCGAGGAAGUUGAGCAGACCCUCAAGAAGACGGUGGCCGAUUUGCGACAGCAAAUUUCUCGCAACACUUUCCCCCUCAAACCCCCGUCCCAGCAACAAGCACUCGGACACCAGCACUCUGUGGCCCUCCUGUCCAAGCAACCGUCGAUCAAUGGGGAACAGGCGCCACUCAACACCGUGGUGCUCGACCAGCCACCGGAAAAAGUUAUGCAGAAACCUAGCAACGAAAGUCUAUACCAGAAGGCACUUCAAGAACUACUGAACACCGAGGCGAACCACAUUAAUUUCCUUGAAGCCGCCACGAAGACCUUUUCGGACACCCCGAAUGACUCGUCAUUGCCACGUUUACCCACUAUUGUGAGGGACAAUCUUAGCAUCCUCCUUGUCAACCUCCCCGAUCAACUGUCCUUCCACAAGCUUCAUUUCUACCCCCAGCUCCGCGCGUGCAACGGGGACCCUCUCUUGAUUCAACAAUUAAUCGAAUCAUCGUGGGCCAGUAUGGUGGAUCUGUACACAAAUUACUGCCUUAAUUACGAGCGUGCCACUCAGUAUGCAGCUGCUUUUGAAAAGGAUCGAGUCCACUCCCAGUGGAUUUCUGCCUACAACCGACAUCUUAACCUUCUCGAGACUACCAACCCCGAAGACAAUGAAGUCGAGCUUCGGAGGAAGGUAUCCAGUCUGAAUCGAGUGAGUUCCUGUGUUUCCUUCCGAAACCCUCCUUCGAAUGUGGAUGAGGAUAGUCAUAGAAGCGAUGAAAACGAAGAGAAUUUGCCUCCACCACGGAAGACCUCGCAAGGCCCCACACCCAAAUCCGUCUCCCUCUCCAGACCCUUAUUGUCGUACAGUUCGCGCCUCCUAGAGCCUGCUCAACGUUUCCAGCGCUAUCACCUUUUGAUUGAGCGGCUAAAGAACUAUGCACCGGAAGGCCCUCCAAAAGAAGCGCUGGCAAAAGCCCACCAGUCCAUGCUCGAUAUGUGCAAUACAGUCAAUGCUCUUAUGCGAAUACGAGGUCUUAUGGAUCGUCCUUCACGCCUUGGACGUCUACUACUGCAAGGCAGUUUCACAGUGUGGCGUGAAGACAGCCGAACUGGCAAGCACCAACGACAUGUCUUCCUUUUCGAAAAUGCUAUUCUCUUGACGAAGUUACGCCAACCGAAUAAUUCCCUAGUCUCAACAAUGCUGGCCACUCUGAGUAGCAGUGGAGCAAGUAGUCAAUCCCUUUCGUCUGCAGUUUCGUCGGUGGUGGACCCGAACCUUGAAGAGUCGACUGCGAAAAUGGAGACUGAAGGUGCGGCUAUAAGCCUUCCUUCCAUUGCCGGAGAUGCUCAUUCAUCGAAAGCAACCUACGAAAUAAAGAUGGAACUCUCGCUUGUUGAGGUGGGUUUGACACCUAGCAUUCGGGAAGAUCGCCGUCGAUUCGCGGUGUGGACGGCAAGUCGUGCGCAGACCUACAUAUUCCAAUCGAACAACUCACAGACCCGCACUCAGUGGGUUCGUGCAAUCAACGAUCUCCUCUCUGCCCAACUUAAACGCCUCCGUGACGACGUGAAUCGACAACAUAACGUCGCCACCUAUUCAGUUUCCCAAUCCACGCAAAGGUCGUCUCCGCCCCCAUCACAACAACGAAAUUGUCAGCAUCCAGAAUGCAUCUCUGGUAACUCCUUUGAAGAGCAUCUCGACGAAGAGGAAGAAGUCGCCACCACGGAUUUUUAG